UUUCAUAAUUACAUCAUAAAUCUAGGCCUAUAUUCUAUUUACGUUUUUAUAAGAAGUAAUUCGAGUGUGAAUGCGAUACUUUACGCAGUAAGCAUUCCGAAGCUUUCAAAAUGGAAAACGGUGAUAAUGGCAAAAGAAAAUGCAAACGAUUCAAAGAAAUUAUUUUCAAGAGAAUUCAUAUUCUCCAAUGGUUACCACAAUAUACUAAGUUGGAUGCAGUAUCGGAUGUUAUAGCUGGAAUAACAUUGGGCUUAACUAUGAUGCCUCAGUCUAUGGCUUACGCAACUCUUGCUAAUUUACCAGCUCAGUAUGGUCUAUACUCCGCAUUUAUUGGUUCUUUUAUUUAUGUGUUUUUUGGAACAAUUAAAGAAGUUUCUAUAGGUCCUACAAGCUUAAUGGCACUUCUGACACUCUCUGUAUGUCGUGAUUUACCAAUUGAAUUUGUUAUUUUGCUUUGCUUCCUUUCUGGAUGUGUGGAGCUCAUCAUGGGAAUCUUAAGACUUGGGUUUUUGGUAGAUUUUAUAUCAGUUCCUGUUGUAUCAGGAUUUACCUCAGCUACCUCUGUAAUAAUUAUAAUGGCACAACUGAAAGGUCUUUUGGGUAUUAAAUAUAAUAGUCAAGGAAUAAUCGACUGGGCUUAUAAACUAUAUCUACAUAUAAAUAAAAUAACUUUAGGGGAUUCCCUACUGGGCAUUGCAUGCAUGAUUUUUUUGAUCGCUUUUAAGCAACUUCCUAAAAUCAAAGUUAAAAGUGAGACCAGUAAGAAAAUUUUGUGGCUGUUUUCUAUUGGACGAAAUGCUUUAAUAGUCUUGUUGACGUCACUUUUGGCUUGCUAUUUUGAACAAAAAUGGGGAAAAGUACCUUUUAAAAUUUAUGGAAAUAUCACUAGGGGUAUCCCCGACUUCAAACCGCCACAGUUUAGUACAAAAAUGGGCAAUGAAACCCUUUCUUUCAUAGACAUGGUAGGAAUGCUAGGAUCGGGAGUCAUCAUAGUACCAGUUAUCGCAGUUUUAGCAAACGUUGCUAUUGCCAAAUCUUUUGCUGCCGGUAAAAUAGUAGACGCUACCCAAGAAAUGGUGACACUUGGCCUAUGUAACAUUUUGGGAUCUUUUGUACAAUCGAUGCCUGCUACUGGAGCUUUUACCAGGUCUGCUGUAAGCAAUGCUAGUGGAGUUCGGACUCCAAUGGCAGGAUUAUACUCAGGGACAAUUAUUCUUCUUGCUUUAACAUUCCUUACCCCAUAUUUCUACUAUGUUCCAAGUGCAACCCUUGCUGCCGUCCUAAUUAGUGCUGUCAUGUUUAUGGUCGAUUAUGAAAUUAUCCCCAAGUUGUGGAAAAUAAACAAAUUCGACAUGAUGGUGACUAUAGCAACCUUUUGUGCUAGUCUUGCCUAUGGAGUAGAACUAGGCCUAGUGUUUGGUGUAAUAAUAAGUUUGAUUCCACUUUUAAAAAUGUGGACGAGGCCGAAAAUUAAGUCUCAAACAAUUGCUUUGCAAUCAGGAGAAAUGUGUCUGUUGUUGGAGCUGCAAGUGGGAUUUUUAUUCCCAGCUGUUGACUAUUUUACACAGGAAACAGUUAAAAUUUUGAAUAAUUUCGAAAAAAUGCAUAUUUCAGUCGUCAUAAUAGACUUUAGCACAGUGCUAAGAUUGGAUUAUUCUUCUAUGCAGUCUCUACAAAAUCUCCAGAAAACUCUCAAAAAAAUGUCCAUUACAACCAAAUUUAUUAACGUUAGCGAAGAAGUGAGUGCAGCCCUAGAAAAAUAUUAUAGAAAAGACGAACUUGUAUUUUGUUAUUCAGACUCAGGAAAACUUUUAGAAAAUUCGUAUAAAAUCUCUUUUUCCAAGACCAACCUUAAUGAACAGCUACCCUUAUUAAAUUGUUAAUGUACUUGUUUUUAUUUAUAUAUAUAUAUAUAUUAUG